AUGUUCAACAACAAACAUUGGAUCACAUCAACACUAUUAACUCUAUUUGUAUUCUUGUUAAUUAAUUUCAUUAAAUGUGAUAGUAAUGAAUGUAAAUGUGAAUAUUGUAAUUGUGGUGGAUUUACUUGUAAUAUUAAACCAAAUCAAUAUAAUGUAGCAACUGCUUAUUGUGAUUAUGCACCAAAUACCUAUGUUAGUUACAUUUCAGUUCAAUUGAAAUCUUCAUCUGAUAAAAUUACAGUUAAAACAAUGCCAUACAGUGAUAAUAGUAAUACAGGUGGUAGUGGUUUGAGUGGUUUAUCAUCAUCUGGUUCAGUUUCAUGUUAUCAAGGUUCUUCAUUCAUGACAGAUACUUCUAUUAAUAGAUAUAUAACCUAUUUUACUUGUGAUAGUAAUGGUUUUAGUUGUACUUCAUCUCAAUUUGACACCAUGUCAUAUUGUACUGAUAAGACCAUUACAGUUAAUAAUUUAUUAUUAACAUCUGAUAAGAGUAUAAUUAAUAGUGGUGAUUUAAUUAAUUUUAAAACCUAUUUACGAGAUUCACAAAAUUCAACACUCUCCACCAAAGCAAGUGUUUCAUUGAGAAUUGAAAAUGGAAUUUCACCACUUGUUUUAUAUAAUAUUGAUAGUGGAAGAUCGUAUUUUUCUGAGGGUGGAAUUGGUGAUUUUAGUGGUGCUAUGAUAAAAUCAAAACAAAAUCAAACUGUUACAUUGUUAGCUAAAUAUGUACAGAGUGGUAAAUUUUUAGAAUCUAGAUUGAAUGUUAAUGUGAUGGGUGAUCCUACUUUUAAUAGUGCUAAUACAUUGAUGAGUGGUGGUGGUUUUGGUUGUUUAUUUUUGAUUUUAAUUAUUAGUUUUAUUGCUUUUUAA